AUGCUUGAUCAAGGUUUUACAUUAAGUCCACUCCAUGCUCGUACAGCAUUUUUAACAUAUUUACAACGAAUUCAAAUACGUUUAAUGCUUGAUUCAGAAUUAAAAGAAGAUGUUACAUCAAGUCAAUAUAUGGAAUUAAUAAUAAGAUUUUUAAAACGAACUGGACAAAAUCUUUCACCAGCAUUUCAUGUUGAAAUUCUCUCACAUCGUUUAUCACAAUCUAAUCAAAAACGAAUAUUGGUUAAAGAAUUAUGUGAUUUUCUUCAUUUAUAUAAUAAAGAAACAUUAUCAUUAUAUCAAAAUCAAUUAAAUUCAACAAAUCAAAUUGAUAAUCCUUUAUUUGAUAAUUUUCUUCGUUCAGCAUCUGAAGCUGAUCUUGAACAAAUGAUGACAGCUUAUAUGAAAAAUAAUAAACAAUCAGCUAUUCAUUUAGGUGUUAAUCCAAAAAUUGCCAAACAUAAUUCAACGAAUAUAAAUAGUCAAAGUUCACAUAUAGGAGCUGAUUCUCAAGCUCAAACAAUUUUACCUAAACUAUCAAUUGAAGAUAAAGCAAUAACAUUUAUUCAAACAAUAUCAUCAAAUGAACAAUCAAAUCAAAAAUGA